AUGCUCAAACCACAAAUAAUCUACCUGUUGACUACGAUUCUUGUCCAUGCAUUGCUCCAAGACGACCCCACGUUACCACCACCUUCAAUACCGCCACCACCAAGCGAUCCAAGCGCCCAUUUGGAUUCAUUAUUCACACAUCAAGUCAUAGACUGGGACCCCAAGAACCGAGACCAUCUAGAAAAGCUCAGUCUUGCAAGGGAAGCGUCCAUACAGCCCCUUGACAAAGACUUGGUCCUGGCGGGAGGAGAAGUAACCAGUGACAUCGACAUUGAUCACAUAGAAGAAGAGUUUGAAGAUAUUCCAGUUACAGCUCAAGGUGCAGCCAAGGGCGAUGAGAAGAAGUGGCAUAUUGGCGCCGGGGUAUACUUGAACAAGGAGGUCCAUGAUGACAAUAAGGAAAUUGAAACUUUUUUAAUUGAUCCUGACUGUGGGCAGGAGUCAUUUUCGGACACGGAUUCGGACUCAUGCAGUGAUGGGUAUGGCAAGAAGAGGUUUUUCUUGUUUAAUGUGAACCAGCUGGAUGAAGUUAGAGUUGGCGAGGAUGAGGCGAGGAGAAAUGAGUCGAGUGAUGCGGUGAUGGUGAGAUCGAUGCUGGUGCAAGAAGCGCAAGACGGGGAAGAAGUGCAAGACGACCAAGACGUGUAUGAGAGGAAGGAGAGUCAAGAGAUGCAAGAAGGACAAGAGAUGGUGUCGCGGGCUGUACGCUCAGUGUUGAGUGAUUCUGUUGUUAUUUUCUCGUUGGUUAUGUUGUCUGUUUAUAGGUUUCUAUGA